CUCCCUCCCCCACGAUUCACAUAACCGCCACCUUCACCCCUCCCUCCCUCUCUCUUUCUAACCGAUUCGCGACUACUUUCUCUCCUUAAUUCUACCGGCCUACCCCCAUCAGAAUUCAGACCACGAUGAUCGAGAAGAUGAAGUGGAGAAGAAAUCGACAGCAGCAUCAACAAGAACAAGAAGAACGACGAAAGCAAGAGGGGAAAAAGAAUGAGAAGAAGAACAACAAGCAUACCUCGAGCUUUUCCUUCUCCUCAUGGUUGGCGAAACUCAAGCCGAAGCGAGGCGUUGCAACCGCCGCUGCGGCACGCGACGCCGUCUUCGCUCCUCCGCCUUCACCUCGCCCGCCCGACCCCAGCCCCCGCUCCGCCCAUCUCUCCUUCUCCCCCGCCGCCCGCUUCCCCCCGCCCGUUCCCCGCCGCCUGUCCGUCUGGGACGACGCCGGCGGCCUCCGACCCAGGAUUGCUCCCGUGAGGGCGCGCCGCCGGUCCGCCAGGCAUCACUCCGUGGGCGACCUCGAGCUCACCCUCGGGCAUAUAAUUCCCUUCUCGAGGCGGUGGGCCGAGUCGGACUCGGGGACCGAUGCUUCGGGAUGCGAUCUCGGCCACGGCCGGCGCCCCCCGCGGCCGCGGAGGCGGCGUAGCGCGCGAACCACGGCUGGAUAUGCUUCGGACCAGCGAGCGGAUCCUGACGCGCGGGAUGGCCUCCCGCGGCGAUCGUUCACCGGGAAGAUCCGGCACAGGGCCAAGGUCAGGGUCCGCUCGCCGCGCACGGCGGCGGUGAGGGCGGAGGAGGUGGAGAGGAUGAGGGCGGCGUCGAGGAGGAAGCGGGAGGAGGAGGUGGCGAGGAGGGGUCUGGAGAGGUUCGCGGUGGUGAAGUGCUCGUCCGACCCGCAGAGGGACUUCAGGGAGUCGAUGGUGGAGAUGAUAUGUGAGAAGGGUCUCGGACGGCCGGAGGAGAUGGAGAGCCUGCUCGCGUGCUACCUCGCGCUCAACUCGGACGAGCACCACGACGUGAUCGUCAAGGUGUUCCGCCAGGUCUGGUUCGAGCUCAACCUGGAGCGGCUCGCCCACGAGUCCAAUCGACGGCGUUGAUGAAUCCUUCUCCCCGCAUCGAUCACCGUCGGAUCUCAAUUGCCACUGUAUUUUCUCUAUAAUUAGAUGUCAAUAAAGACACUUUUCUCUGCUA